GAGCGCGUAAGUUCAUGUCCUUCGGGUAAGGGCGGAAGUGUUAGGAUUGGGGAAGUGACGGCAGAGUGUCAACAUGCAAGAUGGCAGCUCAUCACAGGCAGAACACGGCGGGGCGGAGGAAAGUUCAGGUCUCGUAUGUAAUCAGGGAUGAAGUGGAGAAAUACAAUCGCAACGGCGUGAACGCCCUCCAACUCGAUCCCACUCUGAACAGACUCUUCACAGCCGGACGAGACUCCAUCAUCAGAAUAUGGAGCGUCAAUCAGCACAAGCAAGACCCCUACAUAGCAUCCAUGGAACACCACACGGACUGGGUGAACGACAUUGUGCUGUGCUGUAAUGGCAAGACAUUAAUCUCUGCCUCCUCUGACACCACUGUUAAAGUAUGGAACGCGCACAAGGGAUUCUGCAUGUCCACUUUGAGAACACACAAGGACUAUGUGAAAGCCUUAGCAUAUGCAAAAGACAAAGAAUUAGUGGCAUCCGCAGGACUGGACCGCCAGAUAUUCCUCUGGGAUGUAAAUACUCUCACUGCACUGACUGCAUCCAACAAUACCGUCACUACUUCAUCGCUAAGUGGAAACAAAGACUCUAUAUACAGUCUGGCCAUGAACCAAAUGGGCACUGUCAUAGUCUCCGGCUCUACUGAGAAGGUGCUGCGAGUCUGGGACCCCAGAACGUGUGCCAAGCUGAUGAAACUGAAAGGCCAUACUGACAAUGUGAAAGCGUUGCUGUUAAACAGAGAUGGCACACAGUGUCUUUCAGGCAGUUCCGAUGGAACAAUCCGUCUGUGGUCUCUUGGUCAGCAGCGGUGUAUAGCAACCUACAGGGUCCACGAUGAAGGGGUCUGGGCGCUACAGGUGAACGAAGGCUUCACCCAUGUGUACUCUGGAGGGAGAGACAGGAAGAUCUACUGUACAGAUCUCAGGAAUCCGGAUAUGAGGCUGCUCAUCUGUGAAGAGAAAGCACCAGUUUUAAAGAUGGAGCUUGAUAGAUCUGUGGAUCCUCCUGUUGCCCUGUGGGUGGCAACAACCAAAUCAUCGGUCAAUAAAUGGUCUAUAAAAGGUAUAAUGAACUUCAGAUCCUCAGGAGAUUAUGAGAAUGACUGUAGUACACCAAUGAGUCCAUUCUGCUCACAGCCUGACCAAGUUAUUAAAGGUGGUGCAAGCAUUAUUCAGUGUAACAUAUUGAAUGAUAAGAGGCACAUACUAACCAAAGACACAAAUAACAACGUGGCAUAUUGGGAUGUGUUGAAGGCUUGCAAGGUUGAAGAUUUGGGAAAAGUUGAUUUUGAAGAAGAAAUUAAAAAGAGGUUUAAGAUGGUCUAUGUCCCGAAUUGGUUCUCUGUUGACCUGAAAACUGGGAUGCUGACCAUCACCUUAGAUGAGAGCGAUUGCUUUGCCGCGUGGGUGUCCGCCAAAGACGCUGGGUUUAGCAGUCCAGAUGGGUCUGAUCCAAAAUUGAAUCUUGGGGGACUCUUGUUACAAGCAUUACUAGAGUUUUGGCCAAGAACUCAUAUAAACCCAAUGGAGGAAGAAGAGAAUGAAGUAAAUCAUGUGGCAAACGGUGAGCAGGAGAAUAGGAUACAGAAGGGCAAUGGCUAUUUCCAAGUGCCACCUCAUACUCCGGUGAUCUUUGGAGAAGCUGGGGGCCGCACUCUUUUCAGGUUACUCUGUAGGGACUCUGGCGGAGAGACGGAAUCCAUGCUUCUUAAUGAAACUGUUCCACAGUGGGUGGUUGACAUUACUGUGGAUAAAAAUAUGCCCAAAUUCAAUAAAAUUCCAUUCUACCUCCAACCACAUUCGUCAUCGGGAGCAAAAACCCUGAAGAAAGACAGAUUGUCAGCUAGUGACAUGCUGCAGGUCAGGAAGGUGAUGGAACAUGUAUAUGAGAAAAUUAUAAACGUAGACACAGAGUCUCAGACCACCAGUUCCUCAAAUAAUGAAAAACCAGGAGAACAAGAAAAGGAGGAGGACAUUGCUGUGCUGGCGGAAGAGAAGAUUGAGCUCUUAUGUCAAGAUCAGAUUCUGGAUCCUAACAUGGACCUGCGGACUGUGAAACAUUUCAUUUGGAAGAGCGGUGGCGACUUAACCCUUCACUACCGGCAGAAGUCAACGUGAAGGCGUUCCAAACAGCAGCUACACUGACGCUAUCUCGUUGAGGACUAAAAACUAGUACUGUAUGAAAGCCCUACUGAACUCUUAUACAUAGCUGUCAAUCGAGCCAGUAUGGAGAUUCACAUAUACCUUUAGUCAACCUACCUGUAACAGAUGAUCCCACCACUUUUAGUUUCUUGGGUUUCAGCAUAAAUUGACUACAGAUAGGCGAACCAUUGUAAUUUGUGUGUGUUUUAAUGUACAGAGUCGUUGAUAAAGAUUUCCAAUGUGUCUUUCA